CGUAUUAUCAAAUACUCUAGUAUCAUUAGUAUUUGGUAUCAUUCUUUUCUUUAUCAAUGUAUCAUUCCGUCUUUCAUCUUUCAUCAUCUUGAUAUUGAUUCAUGAUUGUUGAACACUUUACUGUUGUAGACGCCUGACGAUCCGUUUCUUUUUUUUAGAUGCUUGCACAGUUAAUACUCAAUUAAUUUAUAAUAAUAUUGUAAGGGCAAACGGAAAAAAAUGUUGCCCGACAGACGUUAUAACAUUAUUGACAUGGACGACGAAUCACUGUUAAAAUACUUGCGUCUUUAUUUCCAUCACUCCGACUUUAAGAACGAAACGCAGAAGGACGCUAUCUUAGCAAUAUUGAAAAGAAAUGCUGAUGUUAUUGUGUCGUUUCCGAGUGGUUAUGGAAGAACAAUGUGCUACCAACUGCCCUCUUUAAUUUACUUGAAGAGAAUGACAAUAGUGAUCAUUCCUCGUAUUGCACGAAUAAUGGACCAAGUUAAUAGCUUGAAGCGUUUGGAAAUUCACACUGAAGUUAUUACUACAUUAACAACUACUAGUGAAAAAAUGCGUAUUUAUGGUGAUUUACAAUCUGAACUUAGAAAAAGCCACUUUCUUUAUGUGACUACCGAUCAAGCUUCAACUUCAGCCUUCAAACAAUUAUUUUCUCACUUAGUACAAACUAACAAUUUGUCAUAUAUUGUCGUUGAUGAAACACACUGUGAAAACCAAUGGAUUUAUGGUCAAAAGAAUAAUGAGUAUCAUACACUGGGCAUGUUAAGAAAAAAAUACAAAGAAAUUCCAUGGAUUGUGGUUACAGCUACAGCUGGUGUUGAUGUAGUUGAUUUCUUGAAGAGUGUUUUAUACAUUGAAGAUGAUCCUAAGACUUGUGUAAGGUUUUCGAUUCCAUGCUUUAGACCAAAUCUAUUUUAUGAUGUAGUUCAAGACAAUACCAAUGGAGUUUCAGUUCCUCAUUUAAAGAUAUUUAUUGACAAAUAUUUAACUGAAGAAAAUGUGAGUCUUGAAUCAGACUCAGAAAGACCUUCUGGAUUAAUAUUUUGUAAGACGCGAGAGGUUACUGAACAAUUAGUCAAAGAUCUAAAACAAAAUGGUAUUUUGAUUGCUGCCUAUCAUGCUGGGCUAGAGGAAGCUGAUCGUAAUUCUGUUAAAGACUUGUUUAUGAAAGGACAUUAUCAACUUCUUGCUGUAACUAGUAUUUCUGGAAUGGAAAUUAAUAAAGCGAAUAUAAGAUUAGUCGUACAUUGGGGCUUGCCGUCUAGUGUUUCGACAUAUUAUUAUGAAUCAGGUCAAGCUGGAAAAGACGGUAACCCAGCUCGAUGUCGAAUUUACUUAACAAAGCGAGCGACAUUAUACUAUAAUCCAAAAAAUGAAUCUAUGUUGGCUGCUGCAAUCAAUUCAGUCGAUUCUAUCGAACAAAUACAAAAUUCAGCAAAGAGUUUCCUUGUAUUUCUUCAUUCUCGUUAUAUGAAAGAUUUUUGUGAAGGUUUAAAGUGUAGACACAGAUUUUUUUCCGAAUAUUUUGGAGAUAAAAAAAUGGAGUGUAUUGAUAAAUGUGACAUAUGUUCCAUAAUAUCUGAUGACUUUUAUGGAGGACGCAGUGCUAUUAGACUAGAAAUGCUACAGAUGGGUAUGAAUACUUACAUCAAAAAUAUUUGUUCAAAAUUUCACGAAUUGCAAAAAAAUAACAUGCUUACAACUACAGAUGCACUAAAUAUAAUGAAGGUCUGUGAUGAAUUUGUGAAAGCUAAUAAUUCCAACAACCCUGAAGCCACACUUACAACUUUCAAUGCUUAUGAAAAAAUGAUGAAAGUGAGUAAUGUGGAUAUUAAAUCACCAGUUGAAAAUGAUGACAAAAAAUAUGAAGACCAAUUAUUGCUUUCAUCAUAAAUAUUACACAUAAUUGUUAAAUUAAUCAUAACUUUCAUUUAUUUUUUCUUUAAAAUGAUUAGUUUAAUCUUACAAAUGUGUAUAAAAAAACCUCAAUUUAAGUUGAUUUUAUGAUUUAGCUAAUUAAUAUAACUAAAAUUACUUCAGAAUUAAUUAUACUGAACUCAUAUUAAUUAUAAACUUAAAUUGUAACAAUUUUACAUAAUACAUUAUACA